GCUCUUUGCCACGCGCGUGAUAGGAAGAGGCUAGUUGUCGGCUCAUUCAAAGUUUAGCGUAAACAUAGGUUUGGUUUUAUUGCUGAAAGACGUGUUUGCGUUUCGGUGAACUCAGCGCAAGGAGGUGACGGACACCGAUACUCGACUGGACCGGGAGAUUUCUAAUCUAACGCCGACUUUGGACGUUGCCCUCACGGUGAAAACAAGCUAACUCCGGGGCUACUUCUUAGCGCUUGAUGGGCGUGUAGGAAAUAGCAGACACGCUAACUUUUUUUCACGAUGUUAACGGACUUUUAAGCGCUUCAUCGUAGUUUGUUGUCAUUUUUAGUUCGAUACCUUGACUUUAAGGUAGUUAAAAGCUAAAAUAGGAUUGGGUUUUCGGUCGGUCGGACCGUAGUGGAAGCCCAACCGCGUGUUUCACCCGUCGACGAAGCCGGGGUUUAAACCCUGAUCAUGUCGAGCUACAGUCGCCAUCGACACGGGUCCCCCUCUCCGAAGACUGGGCCGAUUCGGCAAAAACUACAGUUUACAUCCAGCGACGGAGAGGACGAGCCCAUUGAGGAUGCUAACAACAGUACUGGAGGAGAGUCUGGCUUCACGGAGAUGGAUUCCCCGAUGCCUGUACGACGAGACACCGCCGAUAAGCGGCUGGACGGCGGCAGCAGCCCCUUGAACCAGUCCGGCGGGGACGACGACGUGGAGCUGUGGGACGAGGAGAGUUUCGGUUCACCGUCUCAUCUGCGGUCCACGUCCAGUGUCCUCUUCGCCAACUGUUCACCGUCACCGAGGAAAGGCUCUCGGCUGUACGGAGGCUCACCGGAGCGGUCCUACGUCCAGGACGACGGGGAAGGAUCCAGCUCCCCGAUCCCGGACUGUCCUGACACACCUCCACACAAAACCUUCAGAAAACUCCGGCUUUUUGACACACCACACACACCAAAGAGUUUGCUGUCCAGAGCCAGGGGCUCCGGCCCAGGGUCCUCCAGCAGGAGGGUUGCCCUGUUCAAGAAUGCGGAGCCUUCAGCAAAGUCAAUCACUGACGGCAGCAGGAGACAGCAGACCCCUCUGGUCAAUUUUAACCCAUUCACCCCGGACUCCCUCCUCAUCCAGUCCGCCACUCAACAGAGGAACAACCGGAAACGGGCACACUGGAAUGACUCAUGUGGUGAAGACAUGGAGGCCAGUGAUGGUGAAGGAGAGGAGGAAGCCCUCCCACCUUCCAAGAGGAUCACCAUGAUGGAAAGCAACAUGAUGUCCCGUUACGCCUCAGAGUUCCUCGAGCUGGAGAAGAUCGGCUGCGGGGAAUUUGGUGCUGUGUUCAAGUGUGUGAAAAGAAUCGACGGCUGCGUCUAUGCCAUCAAGCGAUCGAAGAAACCCUUGGCAGGAUCAAUAGAUGAACAGAACGCCUUACGGGAGGUGUAUGCCCAUGCUGUGCUGGGUCAGCAUCCCCACGUGGUGCGGUACUACUCGGCCUGGGCCGAGGAUGACCACAUGCUCAUUCAGAACGAGUACUGCAAUGGAGGUACACUGUCAGACGUCAUUGCAGAGAACUACAGGCGGCUCAGCUACCUGUCGGAGCUGGAGCUGAAAGAUCUGCUUCUACAAGUCACACGAGGACUCAAGUACAUCCACUCUACAUCUCUGGUUCACAUGGACAUCAAGCCAAGCAACAUCUUUAUUUCUCGGAAAGCUGUAGCGAGCUGCGAUGACUGUGAUGAUGAAGAUGGUCUGGUCACAAGUGCUGUCUACAAAAUUGGUGAUCUUGGUCAUGUCACAAGAGUAAACAAUCCCCAAGUGGAGGAGGGGGACAGCAGAUACCUGGCCAAUGAAGUUUUACAAGAGGACUACACUAACUUGAUGAAGGCAGACAUCUUUGCGCUUGCUCUGACUGUUGUCAGUGCCUCUGGGGCUGAGCCGCUUCCCACCAAUGGAGACAAAUGGCACGAGAUCCGACAAGGAAAACUUCCAGCCAUCCCUCAAGUGCUUUCUUCAGAGUUUCUGAGCCUCCUCAAGCUGAUGAUCCACCCUGAUCCAACAAGGAGACCAUCAACUUCUGAGCUCAUCAAACACCCAGUGCUUCUCACCGCUGCCAGAAUGAGUGCUGAUCAGCUCCGAGUCGAACUCAAUGCUGAAAAGUUCAAAAACGCACUCCUACAAAAGGAGCUGAAGAAGGCCCAGGUGGCCCGGGCGGCAGCAGAGGAGAAGGUUCUGUCCACCGACAGGGUCCUGACCCGCUCCACAGUCCAGUCCAACCCCAGAACCUCCAGACUUAUCGGAAAGAAGAUGAAUCGGUCGGUCAGCCUCACCAUCUACUGAGUCUUUAAUCCAACCUGACAGGAUGGUAGCUCAUGAACCUUUACUCAGACCGUUCAGUUGAAGUGGUCUUGAUUUUCUUAUCGGAGGUUGGUCAAGGUGUUGGGCUCAGCAGCUCAACAGAACUUAUAGACUUCUGCCACACUGAACUUGAACUCCUCUCGAUGGACUCUCAUUGCCAACACAAUUAAGCCUUUUUGCCAACAAACUUUAUUUGGAAAAAAAACUCAUUCCUCAAAGGUAGUUACUUUACCUUUACACUCUGUCAUUCCUUAAGUUUGCAUAGACGUCGGUGUCUCUCUGUGUCUGCCCUUGCACUUCCCUCGACAAAGCCGAAGUCCGUUGGCAGCGCAACAAAGCUGCAGUGAAGCUCUCUUCAGUGUGAAUGUACUUGCCAUCGCCGUGUGCACCUUACUGCCUGUCAAAAGCCUGAUGCUGGGUAUCAGAGGGUCUGAGAACUGAUGAUUUCUGUGUCUGUAAUGGAGCACUUUGGAGGCAAAACGUGGAACUUCCCACGUUGCAUUUUUUUUGUUUAAUAGAAAAGAACCUGCUGCUAUUGAUGUUUUGUAUGUAUCAGGGUUUGGCCAGUUUCAGGUUGGAUUGUUCUCAAGGUCAUUGGCUCUUAUUUUGAAAGUAGCAGGAGUCCAUCAGCCCUUCCCUCAUAUCACACCUUUUCUUUUUUCUGUUUGGAUAAAAAAAGGACUUGUGGCAUUUUGGAAAAUAAUCUUGAAGUACCAAACCUGGUGAUUGAAAUCAUCUGUGAGGUUAGAAUGGAUCCAUGUUGUGAUUUUCCCUGUUGAUUGGUGCUGCCAACCCUGCCUUGUAGCAUUGCCACAAUCAUCCUGUUUUAUUGGAUUCUCGUGUAUUCUGUCCUUUUUUGUUUUUCUCAUGCCGUCAUUCCCAUGAGGCUCUCCUUCACUUAGAGAAGUAUUCAUCUCUUUGUUCUGUUAAACUCUAACACACAAAACUUUUCGUUGUAACAUGUACAUAUGUUCUUUUAAUAAAGUCUCUUCUACACUCUU